ACCUUCCGCCCCCUCCACUACGGAUCAAGGUCCGUGGCAUAGCCGUCAUUCCAGGCAUUCCUCGUCCCGACCCGUCCGGGGGAACGUGUCACACAGGCCGAAGAAAGCUAAACAAUAGUUUCUCGGAUUUAUUUCCUCUAACUCGAUAUUAGUUGAUAGUUUUCUCUUUUAUAAAAAACUAAAGGAAAACGGUCUGCAUCCGGACGAAGUCGUUAUUAUCAAACCCCCCCUCCCCGAACGGGAUACACCGUAUUUUCCCUUUUACCCUGUAGGAAUUGGGAACUCCUCGCCCUAUCCGGAUACUCGCAUCUCCGACAUAGUAAUGGACACGGGGGAAUCGCCUUUGGAUGUUUUGUCCCGAGCGGCCACAAUGGUGCAGGACAACAUUCUUCCUCCAUCAUAUGAUGAAGCAAGACUUUCUAAAUGCCGAGAAGAAGCUGGAGGAAAAUGGAGGAGGUCGAGGCAUCGGAAAGACCCUCCCGAAUAUUCUGCUCACUUCCCUCAAAUAGGGGAACCAAUCGACCUUUCUACAAGGCGUAUCAGAGGAUCACCACCGUCGUACUCACAGACGAUUGCCUUCCAGAAGCAGUCAAGGGGCUCGGUGAUAUGCAUACCGAACCGGUCCGAAGCCGGCGGCGUGUGCGACCCGAUGAUAGAUGAGCACUUCAGGAGGUCGUUAGGCAAGGACUACCUCAGCUCGGCUGAAGAGGGCGAGGCGAGUGAUGCGUCAGUGGACAAGACGGACUCCUCAUCACUCUCAGUCGACGACCAUUUUGCCAAAGCCCUCGGCGACAACUGGCUCGAGCUACAGCGAGAGACGGAAGAAAAAAAGAACAAACAGAACGAUAAAAAUGAGCCAAGGCGAACUGUGUACACCUAGGAUGCUGGCAUAAAGCAAAAAAAAACCACUUAUUUAUUUAAUAUAUAAAGAAUGAAGCAAAAUCAUAAAAUAAAACAUAAAUUCGGCUUAAUUUUCAGGCUGUUUGACUAAAACGUUCAUGCAUGCAGCCUUGGAAUAUAUUAAUUUUCCAUCUCACGAACAAGAAUUUUUUCACUUUAUGUUUAUUUUUUGUAAGCAUAUUUUUUCUUCUCCUUUUUAUUAAUUAAGUGCAAUGUAUUUAAAUU